UAAUUUUUGAAUGAAUGAAUUAAUGAAUGAAUGAACAAUUCACACGCAAGAGCCUUGCUCCACCAGCAAAUGGCACCUUCAGCAGUGGUUUUCCUGUUUCCUCAGGCAUGUGACUCCCGCACCCUGCAGUGUUUCAGCAGCUUCCUCUUCCCGGCUCCUGAAGAACCUGCUUCUCCUCUCCCGGCUUCCUCCCCGGCUUCCUGUGUUGCCAAGCCUCUUGCCGUUGUCAUCACGUCUUCAGAAAGCAGCGGAUAGGUACAGGAAGUUGCUCCAGACAGGAGAUGAAACCAGCAAUCAAUUAAAAAAAAAAAAAAAAGACUAUGUUUCUAAGAAAAAUGCAUCACCGGCUUCCCGCAGGAGUUACGUACCAUAUGUCCUAAUAUCCAUGGAACAAUGCCUCUCCUUUUUAGCUCUUUCUGCUUGGCUCCCCUGGCCAUCUCAACGAGAAAAGGAAAUGGAUCUUUUAACCGGCGGCUGCCCAGCUCACCGAUGAUUUAUAUCGAUAGUAAAUGAAGGCCUUUCCUUUUAACCCUUUCACCGGACACGUCCCUCCACCUUGCUUUCUCCUGGCUACUCGCUUAGUAUAUUUAUGGUGCAUGAGUCACCAAGCUGCCGCCUGAUUGGAUGAAAACCAAGCACCUCUGAGACCAUCCGUCAAUUACAGCUAUUCUCAGCUCCAUUCACAGAUUUAUUAGCUUGCACACACACAGAGAAAUUCAUUCAGCGAAGUUCAUUCAUAAAAAUUUCAACACUCUGCGUACCAUCAUCCCGCACAUCUCAGCCUUCCGCAGCCGCCGCCGCCGCGCUCCCGAAAGAAGCUCCGCGAGGGAGGGAUGCUCUGGGCCCGGCGGGCCGGAGGGGAGGGGAUGCGCGGGACUCGGAGGGACCACAAGUCCCUGAAAUGAUGCCGGGCGGCUCCGGUCACUAGGACUCCUGGCUGGUGGCCCGGACGGAAUGCAAGACAAGAUCUUCCAAGAGAGGGCAGCCAUUAGAAUCCAGAAACUCAGGCAGAAAGCCCGUUGGCUCCUCUAGACCUUUUCUUUCUUUCCUUUUUUUUUUCCUUUUUCUUUUUUAAAUGGGCAAUCACCGGGACAAAGGGUUAAUAGGCCAGCCAUUGCCCCGCCCUGUGGGAGCCGGAGGGAGCAGGUUUGAAAGUUCCUGUGUGCCGAGGGGCGGCUGCGGGUGGGGGCGGGGGCGCUGAGUAUCUCUGCAACCUCCUCCUCCUGCUUCGCGGGCGAUGCUGCGGGGCCCGCUGGCCGGGGCCGGGCCGGGAUCCGGUCCCCAGAGUUGGCCUUGAGCGAUCCCCGCCCGCCGGGAGCCGGGAGCCGGGACCCAGCCCAGGCUUACCCAGCCAGGAGUCCAGGCGAGAGAACCCCGGGUGCUGAAGGACUGGAAGCCGGGGCGCCGCCUGCCCUCUCGGCUGUCACCCCCUGGAGCUCGGCCACCGAGCCGAAGAGGUGGCCACGGGGCGCGGGGACAUUGGCUUUCGCACCGGUCGUCUAUCCAGCAGGUCAUCUAUCCAGCAGACGAGGCGGCGGUUCAUGCAGCAGGACCCGGUGCCGGCCCCGCCAAGGCUAUGCGAGAACGCAGCCCGGACGGCUUGGCAGGACUUGCGCUGCAUGUAGGGCUGCUCGGGCACCCCGGGAUGCUGCACAGGGCCAAGUACAGCCGCUUUCGGAACGAGUCCGUCACGUCCCUGGACGAAGGCAGUCCCGGAGGCUCCUCCGUCGGAAGCAAGGGCUCCCCGCAGCCCCCCUACCCCGCACUGGCCCCGCACCUGCCGGAGGAAGAUGCUCCCUCGGCGCCCCAGGAGAGCCCCACCCCACUGUGCACCUUGAUCCCGCGCAUGGCCAGCGUGAAGCUGGCCAACCCGGCCACCCUGCUGAGUCUGAAAAACUUUUGCUUGGGGACCAAAGAGGUGCCCCGGCUGAAGCUCCAGGAGAGCCAGGAUCCGGCUCCCAGCAGCCCGGCCUCGCCCGAACACAGUCUGAACAGGUCCGGGUCUGCCCCUCCGCAGCAGCAGGACUUGGUGGGGCGCCGGGCGAGAGCCCGAACUCCCGAUGCCUGCCCCUUCCCGGGCCCCGGGGAGCCGGCCGCGGGGAGCAGGCCGGACAGGCACUUCCUGCAGCACCUGUUGGGGAUGGGCAUGAACUUCUAUGUGAAGUACAUGGGCUGUAUCGAAGUGCUGCAGUCGAUGAGGUCACUGGAUUUUGGAAUGAGGACUCAAGUUACAAGGGAAGCAAUAAGCCGUCUGUGCGAACCUGUCCCCGGGGCAAACGGAGCCACUAAAAAGCGAAAGCCUCCAGUUAAGUUUCUAUCAACAGUUCUUGGCAAAAGUAAUCUUCAGUUUUCGGGGAUGAAUAUAAAACUGACCAUCUCAACAUGCAGCCUUACAUUAAUGAAUCUUGACAACCAACAGAUUAUUGCAAAUCACCACAUGCAGUCUAUUUCAUUUGCCUCUGGAGGGGAUCCUGAUACUACAGACUAUGUUGCCUACGUAGCUAAAGAUCCAGUUAAUCAACGAGCCUGCCACAUUUUGGAAUGCCGCAGUGGAAUGGCCCAAGAUGUCAUAACUACCAUAGGGCAGGCUUUUGAGCUCCGGUUUAAACAAUAUUUGAAAAAUCCUUCUUUGAGUACUUCCUGUGAAAGUGAGGAGGUGCAUAUUGAUGGCCCUGCUGAGGAGAGAGACGAUCAUGAGUAUUACAAUGAAAUACCAGGAAAGCAGCCACCCGUGGGUGGUGUUUCAGAUGUGCGGGUCAGAGUUCAAACCACGGAACAGAUGGCUUACUGCCCCAUACGGUGUGAAAAGUUGUGCUAUUUGCCUGGGAACUCCGAGUGCAGCAACGUCUAUGAGAACUGUUUGGAGCAAAGCAGGGCCAUCGGUAAUGCCCACGAGAGAGCAGUGUCGUCCCCAAGAGACGCCUCGUUAAUGAAGAACACCUGCCGAGUGGAUCUCUUCGACGACCCCUGCUACAUCAACACGCAGGCUCUCCACAGCGCCCUGGGCUCUGCCGGGAACCACAGCUCCGCCCAGCCGCUGGGGAGCCUGUGGCGCCGAGAAAAAGCACCCGAAACUGUUCAGCCCAGUGCCACGGCGCAGCCGGCCGGCUCCCAGUCUUUGCCGCACAUCCAGCAGCAGCUGAGGAGUGAAGACUGCUACCAUGGCAAGCUGAGCAGGAAGGCGGCAGAGAACCUCUUAGUAAAGGAUGGGGACUUUCUGGUUCGAGAGAGUGCCACCUCUCCGGGCCAGUAUGUGCUGAGUGGCCUCCAGGGAGGCCAGGCAAAGCAUCUUCUUCUGGUGGAUCCCGAAGGCAAGGUAAGGACCAAGGAUCACAUAUUUGAUAAUGUUGGCCAUCUUAUCAGAUACCACAUGGAUAAUAGUUUGCCAAUCAUCUCUUCUGGAAGUGAAGUAAGCCUUAAACAACCAGUGAGAAGAGAUAAUAUUCCAGAACUUUUGCAUUUAAACAAAUGAUAAUAUGGAAAUACCAUCACACUGGUAAUUCAAGAAACUCCAUUUUGUGUUAGAACACAAGGAUGAUUCAAACUUGGUUUCUAGAUACAUAGAACAUAAACUGUGAAGUGCAUCUUUUGAGACCGUCAUGGACUAACGAAAAACUGAUUUUCAGAAAGUGGAAGUCACAAGAGGGGAAAGGAUUGGUCCAUUUGAGAAGUUAUACGUAUGCACGGAUGUCACUUUUUAAGGCCAUAUUGCAUUGAUAACAAGCUAAAAGCACAAUUAAAAUCUCACAUGCUAAAGACAACUUGAAUGAACUGCUGGGGCAGUGGUAUGUGCCUUUCAACUUGAUCAUUAGGGGACAUUUUCAUAUUGGGGAGAUGAGUUCUAAGUGUCUUUGUAUUCGAUAACUACAGAACCAUUUGCCAAAAAAACAAAAAACCUUUCCUUGUUACAGAAAUAAGGAGCAAUUUGCUUGAUGGAUAUUGACUUUCAUUUUUCUGUUUACUAGCACUUUCACUGCAAUGUUAAAAUAAAUUUGACAUUGAAUCUGGACUGUGUCUAUGGCAGUGGAAUCAAAUCAAAAGCCACUGAAAGCACUGGUCUCUUGCACUGACUGGUCCCAUUUGCUGGUUAAAGAAUUGGGGCCCAAAUUGUGUGGCCUAGUCUUUCUUGAUUUUUGCUAUUUGGACUGUCUGUAUGCGGCAUGUGACAAGCUGAAGCGGCCGAAUCUAGUAGUCAUUUCUGAUUUCAUCAUAUUUCUCCCUCCAUCCCUCUGCCCACCAAAAGAAAAGCUCAUGAGUACAUGGAUUUAAAAGACAUCAAACAGACCAGUGUUCUUCCUAAUUAACAUCCACAUUGGUUCUAUUAUUAUUUAAAAUGCAGAAUUUAUUUGAAGGGAUGGGGAGAUCUCCUCCUGAUUGGCUGUGACUGCAUGAUGUUCCCUCACCUUUCCUAGAUAAGAUCAGGCCUAAUGCAGAAGGGAGAAAACAUAGUGAAUGAAACAGUCAGAAAGGUUUGCCAUGUAGAGACGCAGUGGUAAAGUGAUGGUAUAAUUAAGCGCUAUGUAGAGGAAAGCACUGGGCUGGCUGUCAUCAGGGUGACCACGAGCAAAUUGCUGAACCUGUCUGGAUUCCCAUUUCCAUGUUUCUAACAUGAGAGAGUUGGGUUAGUGUCCGUUUCAGCCCUCCCAUAAGUCUAUAAAAAGCAAGAUUCCCAUUUAAUGGCGGUCAAUGUUGAUCACCGGUCUGUAUAGUUAAGGUGAAAACUUCAGUAUUUUCUUUUAGUCUGUGUCUAUACUCAGAAUGAAUGGCACAACUGAGAUCAACAUUCAGAUAGAGGACACCCCAAGCCUUUCAGUAAAAAACAUUGAAACUGGAAUAACAUAAGUAAAUAUGGUAGAAAUGGAUCUGGUUGUUUUAAGUAGCAAGAAAACUGCUUCAGUUCUUUACUUUCCUUUGCAUGUAGAUAUAUGGCCAUUACUAUAAAGUGUUUUUUCACCUUCAGUUAUCUGGAUAAUAGUCUUAACUCCACCUUCAUUUUGGCUAUGUAGAUCCAACUUAGUAUUUGUAAUUGUGAUAUAUUUGCUAAGUUUUAAAUAAAACGUGGGAAACUUCUUUUGGAUAGAAAUAAUCAGAAAUCAAGCAUACCGAACUAAUAUUUUUAUGAAAAGUUUUAUGAUUUUACUUGAUUUCAUCUAUUAACUUCUUAGACAGGUUUGUUUCCUUCUAUACAACUAGGAAAGAAUGUAUUUUUCAUCAAUUUUGCAUUACAUCUUAGAUCUUGAUUAUCUGUCCUCAUAAAGGAAGGGGUUUAGGAGGAUAUAAAUCUUAGAGACUUAUGGGUGAUCUAAUCACCUUUAUCAGAGACAGAGAAGGGCUGUCUCAGCCUGCAGAGUAGUGUUCCUUGGGUAGCAAGAAAGAGUUCUUGGUCCAAAAAAAUGCAGAGAGCAUACAUGAUGUGAGCGUACAUGACUGUGAUGGUAUCUUAGUUGGAUGAGCAAAUACCAUACUUACAAAUACCGCAGACACAGUGAAAAUAGAAAGAAACAACAAAGGAAAUGUUUGAUUGCAUGCUCUUUUACUGACACACUCUCAUAUUCAUCUGUCUGAAAGUGGAAAUCCAUUUGACUAUAAAUACCUGUAAAUGACUUUUCAGAAAAAUAAAUGAUUAUUACUUUGUGACUA